GGUCACGCCUGUGACAUUCGCAGCUGUCUUCACCUGCCGGUGUGAAGGAGGGAGGGAAGAGCAGGCAGGAGGGGAGGGAAGGAGGAAGAGAGAGAGAGAGAGGGAGGGAAGUGGGCUGCAUUUGGCAGCUGCCUCCAGAGUGGCCGACCUGUCACUGCAGGAGAGGUUCAUGAUGUCCUCGGCAACUUCCAGAAGCUCUUUGCCCAGCGGCUUGGCCGUCCUGACGACUUUCCCAGAUGUGCUCUUCAUUCCUGAAUUGAUCUUUGGGGGCCUUGUCUGGAUCCUCAUCGCCGCCUCCAAGGUCGUAUAUCCCAUAGUGCUGGGCUGGGUGAUGUUUGUCUCUGUGUUCUGCUUUGUCAUGACCGCAACCCUCCUGUUCCUCUACAUGUGUGGGGCACACGGGGGCAGCAGCUCCUGGGUCACUUUGGAUGCCAUCUGCCAGGUGACAGCAGCACUGUUCUACCUCAGUGCUGCUGUGUUGGAAGCCUACUACACCAUUCUAACUAAGCGCUGACCUUACCCUUCACUGGGUGGUGGACCAGCCUACCAGGAGAACAUUGCUGCUGUGGUAUUUGCAUUUGUAGCUACCCUGUUGUAUGUGAUCCAUCAGAUAUACUCUCUCCGCCGAUGGAAGUCAUCCUAAAUGUCUUUCCUUGCACGUUGUGUCAUGUGGUCAUCCCAUGAGCACAAAUGUUGUCCAAUGACUGCAGUUUCCAGGCUGGGUUUGGGGUUUGUUUUUUAAUAUCUAUACUAUAAACAAGCAGCUUUCUGUGCGAC